UGAGCACGCGCAACGUCCGCUUGGUUCAAACGUUUUUGCACUCUUUUUAAUUUCCUAAAGCAGGACUGAUUUUCUUUUCGAAGCAACCCUACAAGUGAACCAGUAUGGACAUCCAGAGUAUUGAACCAAUGACACUCGGCUCCCCAACAUCCCCCAAGCCUGGGGCUCAGUUUUUACCUGGGUUUCUGAUGGGAGACCUUCCUGCUCCAGUUACACCUCAACCUAGAUCUUUUGGGUUGACAGGAGGUGGGGCAGAAACAAGGUCUCCUCUGCUGGCUGGGGGAUCUCCUCCACAGCCAGUUGUCCCAACACCUAAAGACAAGAGUGGAGCCCCCCCAGUCAGAAGCAUUUAUGAAGACCUCAACAGUUCCGGUGUGGGAAUGUCACCUCUCGCUGCUCGCAAACAACCAUUUGCUGGAGUGCAUACACCACUGUCUGGUUUGCCAGGGACACCAGGGACAGCUUCAAAUUUUUUUAGCCCAGCAGGACAGCAGAGGAAGACGACACUUUCUCCAGCUCAAGUAGAUCCCUUCUUCACACAAGGAGAUGCUUUGUCCUCUGAAGACCAGCUGGAUGACACCUGGGUCACAGUGUUUGGGUUCCCUCCAGCAUCUGCUUCAUACAUCCUUUUACAGUUUGCACAGUAUGGAAACAUAAUUAAACAUGUAAUGUCUAAUACAGGAAAUUGGAUGCACAUACAGUAUCAGUCUAAACUGCAGGCACGAAAAGCUCUCAGUAAAGAUGGAAAGAUAUUUGGUGAAGCCAUAAUGAUUGGUGUCAAACCGUGUAUUGAUAAGAGUGUAAUGGAAGUUUCAGACAAAUGCAGUACUACCAGUUCUGUGUUCACACCCCCGCUGAAGGCUCUCUGCACCCCCAGUCACCCUUUAUCAACUCCACGGUCUGUCAUGAGACCUCUCAGUUCUGCUUACAAAGUAUCCAGCAGUGACUACCAGGUUGUGUCAGAUCAACAGACACCAAAAAAGGAUGACAGUUUUGUGUCUAAGGCAAUGGAGUAUAUGUUUGGAUGGUAAUCUGUCAAGGGUCCUGAUGGAAAAAGCUCUGAAGCCAUCAACAGCCUCUGAUAUGUUGACACUGCUCUAAAAACUGACAUUGGGUUUUUUUCUGAGCACAAUUAAUGAAUACAAAAGCACUUUCUCGACGUUUUGGACUAAUUGACUUUGUGUGUUGUAUUAUGGAAGAUGGACUCUUGAAUUUUUCCAAUGGACUGCUUUCAGCUGCUGUAUAUGCUUUGGUGUUACUCCCUAUAGCCUGUCCUGAAUAUGGCUCAAAAUCUUACUUUUUAAUUGAACAACCGGUGCUUCAAGUCCAUCCAAAACAUGCAACCUGCCAAAAAAGGCUUAUUCUAGGAAAAUGAUGUAUCCAAAUCAAGACACACUCCCAAACGGGACCGAAUUGUGCAAAUAUCUUGAAUAUCUUGCUAGACAUCAUACAUGGUUAUGGUCUGGUUUAUGUAGAAGAUUGGAUCUCACAAGAGAAUAUUAUUGAUAACAGCUUUAGCUUUCUGGGAUUAAGGCCUUAAGUUUCUCAUUGGUUUGUGUACUUCUGAUUUUAGGUUAUUGUGGGUUUUCACUAACUUAAUAAUUUUAAUAAAUCAGAAAAUCAAUUUUUAGAAGUGUCUGAUUUUGAAAAUAUAUUUUCUCUUUAAUAAACAACUGUUUAA